CGUGAUGACAUCCAACCAGCUGUCUCUCCAGUCCCUCCGGGCGGCAAGUCAAGCCAAGGAGCUGGCGGACAAGAGAUCCGAGAUCCGCCGUAAGAGUCUGCUCAUCCUGGUGCAUCACUACCUCGACCAAGAAGGGUUCCCCGACGCGGCCAAAUUCCUCGCCCAGGAAGCCAAGCUCAACACAGAGCAGUUCAGCGUGUGUGACAACGUCGAUCUUCCCAAUAUCUUGCAGGAGUACGAGUCCUGGUAUGUGGUCAAGAACCAGCGAUACCCGCGGCUGGCCAAGCGGGUACUGGGGCCGCGUCCGAACCCGAAGCCGCACCGCUGCAGCAUCCACGACGGCUCCGAUGCCCCGCCCAAGAAGGAGCCGCCCAACGAGAAGAAGAGUCCUUUCUUCAACAGGCGCCGGUCGCUGCCGCGCCACGGGGGCUCCGGCAGCAGCAUCAACCGCGCCUCCAGCGACCCGGCGCUCAGCGACGAGGCGUCCCUGCCGGAGACGCGCUCGCAGUCCCGCUCCAGGAACUACGGCAGGAACAGGAACCUCGACAACAAGAAGCGAGAGGAAAUUAGCAGGGCACCGCUGGUUGGCCGGCGUCUGUCAGGGAACCUGCGAAGUCCUGGAGACGAGAAGAAGGACCCUUCGAAGUCUUCGUCGGACACGGACAGCGAGCGGGGCGUCGGCCUCGGGCCCGUCAAGACCGGCAAAAUGCCGAGACAAGUCCUCGACCUCAAGCAGAUGAUCAGCGAUUACACUCGCCUCGAGGACAACAUUGGUGACAUCGGGAAGGGACCGCGGACGCAGGCGCAGCUCAACCCCAAUCAAGACGAGGAGGAGGAGGGCGGCGACCUGUGGGACGACAAGAGCGUGAAGCCUCCGAUCCCGAUGCCUCUCUUCACGGGAGAGUUCCGCGACCUCGCCAGCAUCAUCCACAGGGAGAUCCUCGUCGAGAACCCCGAGGUGCACUGGUCGGACAUCCUGGGGGUCGAGGACGCCAAGAGGCUGGUCAAGGAAGCGGUCGUGUACCCGCUUAAGUACCCGCAGCUGUUCGUGGGCAGGUUCAAGCCGUGGCGGGGCAUCCUGCUGUACGGUCCUCCGGGCACAGGCAAGACCCUCCUGGCGAAGGCGGUGGCGACGGAGUGCAGGACGACCUUCUUCAACAUCUCCGCCACAACGCUCGUCUCCAAGUGGCGCGGGGACUCGGAGAAACUCGCCAGGGUGUUGUUCGAGAUGGCGAGGUUCCACGCGCCCUCCACUAUCUUCGUGGACGAGGUGGACGCCCUGAUGGCGGCGCGGCAGGGCGAGCAGGAGCACGAGGCGUCGCGCCGCAUGAAGACGCAGCUCCUGGUCGAGCUCGACGGCCUCACUAAGUCCAACGACCACGUCUUCCUCCUCGCCGCCUCCAACGUCCCCUGGCAACUGGACCCGGCGAUGCUGCGGAGGCUGGAGAAGCGCAUCCUGGUGCCUCUGCCGGGCAUGGAGGCGCGGGAGGCCAUGUUCAGGCACCAUCUGCCCGAAGUGAUCUCCGACCUCGCCGAGACGGGCCACUCCAUCAACACUGACCUCGAUUAUGAGAGCCUGGCCAAGGUGAGCUGAGG